GCAGUAAAGCACAGUGUAUGACUGACAGGCAAGACUGUCCAAUCACAGGUCCUGAAAUCCUCAGGCUACCGCAUUGGGCGGGGUUUACUAUCACAAGAAUGGAGGCGAUCGGCGGGCAAACGUUUCAUUACACGCUUUGAAAUGUGAUUUUCCAACGGACACUUUUCAGUUUUUGCCUUUCAAAGCCGCAGAGGGUGACCAGGGACUGACGACAAAGGCGAGCGGCCGUGUGAACUAAGAGCGAUGACCACACGAGGGAUUGUCCAACGAGAGUAAAUGAGAGGUGUGCCCUUAUACCGGCCUUCAUUCAUUGGACACAGCAGUUGAACCAGCACACAGCCCCUUUCAUGAUACAGCCUACAUAACACAUCACACACACACACAGAGUACCAGCAUGGCCGAGCAGCAGCAAGAGGAGGCGGACGGUGUGUAUGUGGAGCACCAGUACAUGUGCAGCGAGUGCCAUCAGCUCUUCAACACCCUUGAGGAUGUGCUGAUCCACCAGCAGAUCCACACUGGACAAGAGGGAGAAGGCGAGGUAGAGGAGGCCAUGACCAUCCAGGGUAUCUCAGACAUGGGGCAAACACAGCAGUACCAGUGUCUGGAGUGUGGGACUCUCCUCGUGAACCCAGAGGAGCUGCUGCUGCACCAGGAGAUGCACAUGAGAGAGGCGGGGAUGGAGGUGGAGCAGCAUGAGAUGUGCGAGGUUUUGGAGACAGAGGAAGCAGCGUCGGAGACUCAGGUGUCGGGACCUGUCCAGUACCAGUGUCUCGACUGUCUGGCUCUGUUUGACUCACCUGAGACCUGGCUGGAGCACCGGCGGACCCACAGCAGGAGCAGCACACACAGUACUACAGAGACCGUGGAGUAUGUGCUACAGCCUGACGGGACUGUCACGCCACUGCACAAUAUGCAGAACUACGUGCUGAGUGAACAGCAGGCUGGAGAGAUCUUGGCUCAGGUACUUGCUCAGCAGCAGCAGCAACAGCAGCAGCAACAGCAACAACAACAACAGAAAAAACGUCAGCCUGUCUCCAAACUUGCUGCACCCUCCCGUUCCUCCCUGCUGCCUCCAGUGACGCCGACCCCUGGCUCCGCCACCAUGCACCUGCAGAUCCUCACAGCUCAAGCUCUGGCUGACAACUCCAGCGCUCCCAGCCAGCGCCGCUCCAAGCUGCCUCCUCUGCUGCCUGCUGUGGGGCGAGGCGCUUUGACCAAGCUGGGAGUCCUGGAGAACGGUGUGCAGAGACUGGAGUUAAGGUUGGCCCCCAGUGUCCAAGAUGACACCCAGCAGCAGCCAACAGAGGUGGUGGUCAUCCACCCAUAUGAGUGCUCAGAAUGCUCCCUUCUCUUCCAGACGCCAGAGGACUUCCUCCAGCACCAGGGAGAGCACUUCCUGGGUCAGGACAAAGAGAGCGGAGAACCAGGCGUCAUGAGUGGCUUCGAGGAGGUGCGAGGGAGGGAAGAGACGGCGGAGAAGGUGGAGGACAUUAGGAUUAGAGUAAUAGAGAAGAAGGCAGUAGUCUGGUCCAAGCCCCAAAAGUGUGAGCUGUGUAACCGCACCUUCAACUCCGUCAACCGGCUGGCCGCUCACAAGCGCGUGCACGAACAGGGCACGCAUGAAUGUCCAGAGUGUGGCAAGGUGUUCAAGAAGGCAACAUCACUCCAGACACACAUGCGCACACACUCAGGCGUGGCCAGAUACCUGUGCGUGGACUGCGGCAACGGCUUCACUACUGAGAUGACUCUUAUCAUGCACAGGAAGUCCCACACUGCAGACCCUCUUCACAAGUGUCAGUUCUGCAACAAAACCUUCACCAACAUGACCAAGUAUCUGUACCACCGUAGGACCCACCUCAACCGUGAUUCAUCUGGCGCACCUACCCCCGUCUCCAUGGUGUCCGCUCCAAGAAGAGUCUCUCUCUCCACACUUGCCAUCCUACAGAGAGCAAGAGAGAAGAAGAAUUGCCACGGCGAUGAGGCCAAAAGCGAUCUGCUGUCCACUCACCUCUCGGAGGCUGAAAAAAUGGAAGAGAAUCCAGUGCAAAGUUCUCCGAGCAAAGUGGAGGGAGGUCAAGUGGAGAGCCAAGGGCAGGACAACAACAUGGAGGUGUCUGCCCCACUUGAAGGCAACACCAAUGACCCGCAGCAGGUAGAAGAUGCCACCAAGUCUGACACGGCUACAAACUCUGUUCCCUUGGAUGAAACUGGUGUUGGAGUCACGUCCGGCUCGACUGAUUCAGCUCCUUCAGCCGCUUCCUCAGACAAAGGUUUUUCUUGUCGCUCAUGCUCUAAGACGUUUCCCUCCCAACUGCAGCUAGUCCACCAUCGACGCAAGACCCACGUCACAGAGCGCAGCUUUAUCUGUGGCAUCUGUGGAAAGACUUUUAAGAAGCACAUCCACGUCCGCAACCACAUCCGCACCCACACCGGCGAGCGGCCCUUCCAGUGUUCCGACUGCGGCAAGACGUUCUCAUCUCUCGCCAACCUGAUGAGGCACAAUCUCAUUCACUCCGGGGUGCGACCGUACCGCUGUGACGUCUGCCACCGCUCCUUCUCGCAGUCCUCCAACCUCCGUCAGCACAGCCUGCUGCACUCUAACGCCGCAGCGCUGUGCUGCCCCGACUGCCCUGCUACCUUUCGCUGGCCCACCAAGCUUGCGGCACAUCGCUACACCCAACACCCAGGGUCUCCAGCACCUUUCCCAUGUCCUCACUGCGAGGCUGGCUUCCUGACAAGAAGGCAACGAGACGGCCACUGUCUGGAGCAGCAUCCCACCCUGGUGCAGGCCGGUACGGGCAUAGAAGUCGGCAAAGGCACGGACAAGCAAGCAGAGUUGGGCAAAGAUCUGACAUCCGAGCCCUCCACCUCAACCACCGUAGAGAUCGAAUCAGGGGAUUCAACCAGUCUCGUGCGGGGUGCUCUAGAUUGCAACAUUUGUGGGAAGAAGCUCAAUUCUCCUGCCAAUCUGAGACUUCACAGACUCAGCCACUUCGCUCUAGGCCCCGGGAGGCCGCGGUGCACUACCGGGAAACGUCCCAAAGCCCACCAGUGUCCCGUCUGUGGCAAGCUGUUCGUGUCUUCCUCCGGAGUCGCGCUUCACCAGCGCGUCCACACUGGCGAGCGUCCCUUUCCCUGCCAAGUGUGCGGCAAGCGCUUCCGUCAGAACACGCACCUGCGGGAGCACUUGCGCACACACUCGGGCGAGCGUCCGUUUCGCUGCGAAGUGUGCGGAAAGGGUUUCAUCCAGAGUAUGCACCUGGCUGAACACCGGCGAACGCACACGGGGGAACGGCCGCACGUGUGUCCGCAGUGCGGCAAAGCCUUCAAGACCUUCUCCAACCUGAGGAACCACAAAAAGACUCACGCCAGGCAGCAGAGGCUGGACGAGGAGGCGGCCGCGCAAGCCGCCAUGGAGACCAGCUCUGCUGUGGCGGUGGUGGACGCCUCGGCAGUGGAGGUAGCUAACGGGCAGCCUCAGCUCAUCCAGAUCCAAGCCUCAGAUCUUCAACAGACACAGGGCACCCCUACGAUCAUGUGUAACGAGUUCGGAGAGACUAUAGCCAUCAUCGAGACCAGCGAAGGAGGAGCGCUGCCUCUGGAGCAGGCGUUGGAGAUCUAUCACACCGCUCUGGAGAACGGACUCACCAUGGACACUGUCGCUGUGGACGGACUGCAGCUCCUCUGAGGACAAAAAUGUCCUCUCUGCUGUCACCGAAUGAAUGACUUCAGUACUAGUCUUAACUCGGACUGAAAGAAUUGACUACUGUGAGUGAAUAUUCAGUUUAGUGUAACAAUUCACUGAAUGCCAAAAAAAAAGAGAAAAUCCAUAUGAAUUUCAGCAAACAGACCAAAGUACGUCAACUUCUCUGUUUUACAAAGCUGUGAGGGAUCAGUAUUAAAGUGUUUUGAGAUGAUGCAUACUAAAACAUGGCGUUCAUUAUAAAUUAAGGACCAUUGGUUGUGCCUCAGAUGACGUUUGUAUGAUUAAUUUUAUCAUUUAUAUAAAAAUUGAUGGGUUUUUUUUUUCUUCAGUUUAAAGGUUUGUUUGUGCUGUUGAAGCAUUCUGCUGUAAAUAUGUGAAAUCAAUAAAUGUUUUUUCAAGAUGAUAAA